AUGGCAUGUGAUUCAACAUUUGAUGAUAACCAGCACUUAAUUAAACAUAUGAACGAAGGAAAUUGUUUUGUCAAAGUUCCAUCGUUGGAUAAUCUUAUAUGGAAAGAUUCAAAAUAUCUAUUUCCAACACAACCUAAUGAUCCAUUGUUAGGUGGAUUUGAAGAUGAUGAAAUUAGUGAUGAUAAUGUAAAUAACGACAAUGAUAUGCCAUUAAACAAUCCAUAUGAUAAAAUCGUGAUACCCGAAGAACCACCCGAGGAAUUGAAAGAAGAUAUUAAACAAUUAAUGGAAUUGAAAAAUAAAAGUGGGUCUAAUUUAGUAGAUAUUGAUGAUGUAUAUAAUGAUUCCUCUAAUGAAAUUGGUUAA